UUUGUCACUGCAGGACCAACGUGGAGCGAGAAGUCAGCGCUCUCAGGAGGCCGACAAAUUUGUUGAAGAUAGAAAGGGAGAAAAAAAAUACACCUGUGACGAGUGUGGGAAAGAUUUUACUGUGAAAGCUUUACUAAAAAUGCAUCAGGUCAUCCACACUGGAGAGAGACCCUUUAGCUGUGCAGACUGUGGAAAGUCUUUUACGCACAUGUCAAAGUUAAAAACCCACCAACUCAUCCACACUGGAGAGAGACCGUUCAGCUGUGAUGACUGUGGAAAGUCUUUUACGCAAAUGUCAAAGUUAAAAAGACACCAACUCAUCCACACUGGAGAGAGACCAUUCAGCUGUGAUGACUGUGGAAAGUCUUUUACACAGAUGUCAAAGUUAAAAAGACACCAACUGAUCCACACUGGAGAGAGACCAUUCAGCUGUGGUGACUGUGGAAAGUCUUUUACGCAGUCUUCAAGUUUAAAAAGACACCAACUCAUCCACACUGGAGAGAGACCAUUCAGCUGUGAUGACUGUGGAAAGUCUUUUACACAGAUGUCAAAGUUAAAAAGACACCAACUGAUCCACACUGGAGAGAGACCAUUCAGCUGUGGUGACUGUGGAAAGUCUUUUACGCAGUCUUCAAGUUUAAAAACACACCAACUGAUCCACACUGGAGAGAGACCGUUCAGCUGUGAUGACUGUGGAAAGUCUUUUAUGGAGUCUGGAAACUUAAAAACCCACCAACUCAUCCACACUGGAGAGAAACCGUUCAGCUGUGAUGACUGUGGAAAGUCUUUUAUGGAGUCUGGAAACUUAAAAACCCACCAACUCAUCCACACUGGAGAGAGACCAUUCAGCUGUGAUGACUGUGGAAAGUCUUUUACACAGAUGUCAAAGUUAAAAACCCACCAACUCAUCCACACUGGAGAGAGACCGUUCAGCUGUGAUGACUGUGGAAAGUCUUUUACGCAAAUGUCAAAGUUAAAAAGACACCAACUCAUCCACACUGGAGAGAGACCGUUCAGCUGUGAUGACUGUGGAAAGUCUUUUAUGGAGUCUGGAAACUUAAAAACCCACCAACUCAGCCACACUGGAGAGAGACCAUUCAGCUGUGAUGACUGUGGAAAGUCUUUUACGCAGAUGUCAAAGUUAAAAAGACACCAACUGAUCCACACUGGAGAGAGACCGUUCAGCUGUGAUGACUGUGGAAAGUCUUUUACGCAGAUGUCAAAGUUAAAAAGACACCAACUGAUCCACACUGGAGAGAGACCGUUCAGCUGUGAUGACUGUGGAAAGUCUUUUACGCAGAUGUCAAAGUUAAAAAGACACCAACUGAUCCACACUGGAGAAAGACCGUUCAGCUGUGAUGACUGUGGAAAGUCUUUUAUGCUGUCUGGAAACUUAAAAACACACCAACUGAUCCACACUGGAGAGAGACCGUUCAGCUGUGGCAACUGUGGAAAGUCUUUUACACAGUCAUCAAAUUUGAAAAGACACCAACUCAUUCACAGUGGACAGAGACCAUUCAGCUCUGACAAGUGUGGAAUGUCUUUUACGCUGUCUUCAAGAUUGAAAACACACCAACUCAUCCACAGUGGAGUUAAAGCGUACACCUGUGAUCAGUGUGGCAGAGCUUUUACUCACAGUAACAGCUUAAAGAAUCAUCUAGUUACCCACAAGGGAAUUAAAGCGUACAGCUGUGACAUUUGUGGAAAAACUUUCAGCCAGAUAGGGAACCGAAAUAAACACCUACGCAUUCACACCAGACACGAUGUGUACUGCUGUAGUCAGUGUGGUAAACUAUGUUUAACAGACGCACAGUUACAACGCCACAUGUUUACCCACUCUGAGGAGAGACCUUAUAAAUGUGACCUGUGUGAGAAGACUUUUAAAUCUCCACAUGACCUGAGACGACACCAACAGAUCCACAGCAGAAAGAGACUCUACAAGUGCAGUUACUGUGAGAAGCAGAGCGACACAGAUGGAUCCAGUUCUCAACCCUGUCAUCACUGUGGUGGUGGGAAACACUUUCGUUGUGACCUUUGUGGGAAAAGUUUCAGACAUCAAAUCACUCUGAAAAUACAUCAACGUAAACACACUGGAGAAAACAUGAAAUACUGCAAAGAAUGUGGGAGAAGCUUCACCACAUCAAGUAGAUUAAAACAACAUGAACUCAUUCACAGUGGGGUUAAAAAGCAUCUCUGUGAUCAGUGUGGGUCAUCCUUCACCACAGCAGGUGAGCUUAAAAGACAUAAACGAGUCCACACAGGAGAGAAACCAUACAAGUGCAGACACUGUGACAAAAGCUUCUCACAAUCAGGUAGUCGUAACCUUCAUGAACGCACACACAUGGAAGUAAACUACAGCUGUGACCAGUGUGACAAGAGCUUCAGGAAUUUCACUUCAUACUCCAAACACAAACGAUCCCACGUUACUAAUAAACUCUUUCACUGUUACCAAUGUGCCAAAAUAUUCACCUCAUUGUCUGCUCUGUGCAAACAUCAGCGUGAUCAUGCAGGACUGAAAUCACUCCCAUCUCUGGAUCACGGUGAAUCUGCAGAGACUGAAAGAUCCUCUUCUGGUUUCACAGUCACUCAAAACCCUUGAGAUCAGGCUCCACAGAGGUCAGAGUGAAUAUCCUGUAAAGAUCUGAUGAGGCAGCUAUGAAUGAAAAUGUGCCUCUUGUUACAUUUUAAGCUUUCUAAACUGUUGUACUGUAGUGUUCGUGUUGAGUGGUUAGCUUUGUUCCAGCAGUUGAAUCAAAAAAUCUGUUUCCUCUUAUUAUGUUUUUAUUGAAUGUAUUUUGAUUCAUGUGUUCUGCAGAUGUUUUUUGUUGGGUGGUUUUUUUUUUUUGUUCAGGUUGUUUUUAUGAAAUCCUUCAACAGUUAAACCAAAAUUUGAAAUGUUAAAUAAAUAGUUUAAUGACAAAGAGUUUGAUCCAUGAUGUCAUUUCCUGUAUAUCAAACCAAAAACUGACGUGAGAAAUGUUCUCAGUGACACAGAUGGAGGUUUAUCAGAGGAGACUUGGCUGUUCUUACACUGAACAGGGUUCCUGCAGCUUACUGAAAAUUAUGACCUGAAAUUUAAGAAAAAAAUAAGACCUUUAAAAUCUUUUAUAUUUUAACAAAGUUGCUGUAGGUAUUAAAAAUUCUGAUUUGUGUUUGAGACAUAAAAAGAUUAAUUUUGGAAAAUGAUCUUUUAAAGUUGUGGUUUGAUUUGCUCAGUUUAUCAGAGUUUCCUUUGUUGGCACUGCCUCUCUUCAGAAGUUGUUGGUCUAUAUUGACAUGACAGCAGAUUUUUCAGCUGGGCGUCCAUGAUGUGAAUCUUAUUUCACCACAUCCCAAAGGUGCUCUAUUGGACUGAGACUCAGGUAGGCUGUGGUCUGUAAAUGAUGUCAGUUGGUACUAAGGGACCCAAAUUGUGCCAACCAAAUAUCUCCACGCUAUUGUCCACUUUUGUUGAUCUCAAAUGUAAAAGAGCCCACCCAUCACGUUAUUUACACUCUAGAACUUGUUUUAACAUAUGGCAUAGAAACUGAACAUUUAACAGUGUUUCCUGUAAACCCUCUCUAGUCUGAUCUUUUGCUAAUACAGUGUCUUGCUAACGCAUUCGGCCCCCUUGAACUUUUCCACAUUUUGUCACAUUACAGCCACAAACAUGAAUCAAUUUUAUUGGAACUCCAUGUGAAAGACCAACACAAAGUCAUGUACACGUGAGAAAUGGAACAUUCAUACAUGAUUUCAAACAGUUUUUACAAAUAAAUAACUGCAAAGUGUGGUGUGCAUAAUUAUUCAGCCCCCUGAGUCAAUACUUUGUAGAACCACCUUUUGCUGCAAUUACA